AGCCAAAAGUGUGGCAGUGGGAUGAGAGAGGCACAAGCAUUACUGACAAAAGUUGUGACACGACAUCACUUUCCACUUCGCAUAAAGACAUUGCUUCAGGGCCCCUAUUCUUAAGGCUCCGAGUUUUGUUCGACUGUCCUUCAUCAAAGAUUACUACACCGCCGCGCAGUCCCACUCUCGUGAAUGCGCCCGAGCUUUCACUGGGAUCCUUCGCUCAUUGUCGGGAGCCUCAACCCCAACUCCAACACAGGUCUUUGAAUCCCUCCACUCGUUGCAAGACUGAUGGCAUCCACAUCUGGCCUGACGCGCCGAAGAGGAGGAGGAGGCGGCGGCGCUGCCAGCGGUGCGAACGACGAUGACAGCCGCGUCAGCUCCCCCGUGCCAAAGAGGAACGACGAUGGCGAUCCAAGAACAGGCUACGUGAACUCGGCGAACGGCGAAAGAGUCGCAUACGAUCCGCGAGACAUCAGCGAAAAUGCAGAGAGGAGCAAGCAGCCGAAGUUGACGCUCAUGGAGGAGGUCAUUCUUAUGGGCCUGAAGGAUAAACAGGGAUAUCUUUCUUUCUGGAACGACAACAUUUCAUACGCACUGCGAGGAUGCAUUGUCAUAGAGCUGGCAUUCCGAGGCCGCAUAGCCAUGCAGAAUGACCCUUCACGGCGGCGCUUCCCCCUCGCUGAUCGUAUUAUUGAAGUGAGCGACGCUACCUUGACGGGUGAGGUGUUGCUUGAUGAGGCAUUGAAGAUGAUGAAUACAAGUGAGAAGAUGAGUGUCAACUCAUGGAUUGAUCUCAUGAGCGGAGAGACAUGGAAUCUCAUGAAGAUAGGAUAUCAGCUCAAACAGGUCAGAGAGAGAUUGUGCAAGGGCUUGGUUGACAAGGGAAUUCUUCGCACAGAGAAGAAGAACUUCUUGCUGUUCGACAUGGCUACACAUCCAGUCGCCGACGGAGGCGCAAAGGAAGAAAUCCGGAAACGUGUCCGCAACGUCCUCACCAACCGCACAGUCGUUCUCCCACCCAGCCAAUUCCUACCGGAGGAGAUGGAGUUCCGUUACAUUCGAACAGUUACCAUGGUGUGUGCGGCUUAUGCUGCAAAUGUGCUGGAGAACGCCCUUACAACGCUCGGGCACGAAGCACGUGAACGUGCCUUUGCUCAAGUAGAUGAGAUGUUGGCAGAAUACUCUCAGUGGCCUUUUGCUCGUCGCACCGGUGGAUCUGGAGGCAUAGCCGCCAACUUGGGCCAGGUCAUUAAUGAUGAAAUAAACAAGAACAAGACUCCAAAAACAGAGCUGCAGCUCGAGGUGGUCGCGGCUUGUUUGAGUGUCUUCACUAGGCUUGAUUCCCUCCUAUGAGUGCGUCUUGAUUUGGUCACUAACAUAACUUUUGAGGAAGACGUGGUGGUUUGCUCUCUUUUCUUUAGUAUAUGGGUCUCACCGCCAAUUGAUUUACGGUGGAGAUAGAUGGUAACCUGUAGAGUAAGGACGAGUGCGCAUCUCGAGAGAAACAUCAUCGUCCGAAUACUCAAGGCAACCGUUCGGGACAGUAUACCUUCCGUUGAUAUCUCUAGCGUUUUCUCUUCACGACAGCUUGUCAAAGGGUUCAUGGCGUCCUGGCCCAUUCUUCCAGGCUGUAUUAGCAAGCGUCUCUUUCUCUUAUCAGGGAUGGAUUAAUGUCACAAAAAGGUCGACUACACAAAAUGCACUGUAGUAUGUAAAAUGCCAUGUUUACUUUUGGAAGACUACCAGUUGUUGUUGUUGUUGUAGUUGCGACAUUUACUUAUAUUUCUCGUCCACUUAUCGGC